AUGAAUAAUACAUCAAUUGAAAGUAUAGAUGAUUGCCAAACUGCUCAUAUAUUAGAACCUUUACAUUAUUUUGGACAAAUUGAUUGUACCCAAGAAACAAUUAAUGAAAAUGAAAUAAGUACUGCAAAAGAAGAAUAUCUCAAUAAAAAUUAUUCAGAAAUUUCAUCUAACGUGUCUUACAUUUCUGUUGAAAGUUUUAGUGAAAGUCAAUUUAAAUAUGAUUUUUUUGAAACAUUAAUAUAUUCUCGAUUACCUCAUCAUUAUUUAGGAGACCUUAUUGGUGAAGGAGGUUUUGGAAAAGUUUAUGAAGUAUGUUCUUUUAAAUCAAGAAAAAAAUAUGCCAUUAAAUUGAUUAAAAAUAAAUGUUCUUUUUUAUUAGAAUAUAAAUUGAUAAUGAAAACAAUGGCAAUAUCACAAGAUUACUUUUGUAAACUUUACAUGGCUCAUUGUAAAUCAGAUGGUGCAUUUUUAGUACUAUCUCUUGAAGGUAGAGAUUUAAAAAGUGUAAUGAUUUCAUUACCAAAAAAAAAAUUUAGUACUCAUACAUUGUUACGAUUAGCUUUACAGAUGCUUUUAGCUAUUGAAACUUUUCAUAAAACUGGUUAUGUUCAUCAAGAUAUAAAAUUGGCAAACUUUGUCUUGGCUAAUGAUCAUAGAAGUAGAAUAAAAAUGAUUGAUUUUGGAAUUGCCAAAAAAUAUAAACAUUCAAAUGGAUGUAUCAUUCCAGAAAACAAAUAUCCAAAACCAAAAAGUUAUGUAGGAACAUUAAAUUAUUGUAGUUUAAGAAUCCAUAACCUAUUUCAUUCAUCUCCAAGAGAUGAUAUAGAAUCAUGGCUUUAUUGUGUCAUUCAAACUGUUGAUGGAAAUUUACCAUGGCACAAAGAAUCUAAAGGUGACAAACACGUCAUAGCUAAUAUGAAACAAGAUAUACGUUUUUGGAGCAAAGAAAAAUUAAAAGAAUACAAGUUUCAUGCUUUUCAUAAGUUAUUUGUAGUUAUUGAUAAAUGGGAAUAUUACGAUGAUGUAAACUACGAGUAUUUAAAAAAAUUUUUAAAAAAAUUAAUGAUUAGUAAUAAUAUAAAUUAUGAUGCAAAGUAUGAUUGGGAGUAUUAA